AUGGCAGGGAAUAGCAAGAGCAAGAUUCUGUUCAUCGGAGGCACUGGUUACACCGGAAAAUUCCUGGUGGAAGCGUGCCAAAGCUGGCCACCCAACCUUCCUUUUGGUGAGGGAGUCCACUCUCUCCAACCCCGCAAAAUCAUCCUCCUUCACAGCUUCAAAACCGGAGAUCUGUACGAUCACCAAACUUUGGUUAACGCCAUAAAGCAGGUUGAUGUGGUCUUUUCUACCGUAGGACGCUCGCAGCUAGCUGAUCAAGAUAACAUCAUUUCUGCAAUAGGAGAAGCAGGAAAUGUUAAGAAAUUCUAUCCAUCUGAGUUUGGAACUGAUGCGGACCGGCACCAUGCAGUUGUAUUCUUUAUCUUAGACCGCCAGCUAACACUUUGGGAGGGAAAGAUCGGUAAAACUCUUGAAACAAUCUAUAUUUCAGAAGAACAAAUACCAAAGCAAAUUCAAGAGUCUUCUCCGCCCGUGAAUUUGUUACUAUCAUUUAACCACUCUUCUCACAUAAAGGGUGAUCAUACUAACUUUGAAAUUGAUUCUUCAUUUGGAGUGGAGGCUUCAGCUCUACAUCCUGGCGUGAAAUACACCACCGUGGAUGAGUGUCUUAAUCAGCUUGUCUGA